AUGGCGUAUCAAUCAGAACUUCGACAUGAUUCUGAUGCUAGAUUUGUUGAUGAUAACUAUGGUGAUGAUAAUGAUGAUGAUAAUGGAGGUGAAUUUGAAGAUAUCGUAAACAGAGACGAAGGCUUUACUGAGGCAAAGGAAUCUGAACUUUAUCUCAAAAAAGUCAAGUCUGAUGAUGAGGCAUAUGAGUUGUACAAUAAUUAUGCAUUUAAACAUGGAUUUGGUACACGUAAGGCGAAAAAGAAUUUUAGAGAAGAUAAGGCUACUAUUCGCCAACGAUUUUGUGUUUGUUCUUAUGCUGGUUUUAAGAAAGAAAGAAAGCCAGGUGAUGAACCAAAAGUGUAUCAGAAGAGAAACUUUCGCACAGGAUGCAAAGCAAUGAUUCAAUUUGAUGUUGAAUUAGAUUCUGGUUUGUUUGUUGUUGUCAAACAUCUCAUGGAUCAUAAUCAUAGCAGAGUUCCAGUUUCAAAAAGACAUUUGAUUAGGUCUCAUAGGAAGAUCAGUCAAGAACAAUUUGGUAUGCUUAAUAGUUUAACUGAGAAUGGUAUACGUGUUGCUGAUGCUGUUCGAGUUUUAAAAAAUCAAGCUGGUGGUGAGAAAAAUUUGGGAUUUCUUUGCAGCGAUGCUUAUGAUGCUUUAGCUUCAGAGAAGAGGAAGAAGUUUGAUGGUUGUGAUACUAAGCAACUACUCAGUUAUUUUAAAGAACGCAAAUCAAAUGAGUAUGACUUCUACUAUGAUUUUGAUGUUGAUGAUAAAGGUCAUUUGCAAUCUUUCUUCUUUCGAGACAAUGGGAUGAAGGUUGAUUAUGAUGCUUUUGGGGAUUUAUUGGUUCAUGAUACAACAUAUCGUACAAAUAAAUAUGCUAUGAUUUGUGGUCCAUUUGUUGGUAUGAAUCAUCACAAUAAAAAUGUUAUGUUUGGCAUUGGAUUUUUGAUUAAUGAGAAGUGGGAGUCAUUUGUGUGGUUGUUCACUACCUUUUUGAAAUCGAUGGGUGGUAAACAUCCCGUUACAAUCAUGACUGAUCAGGCCCAAGCUAUGGCCAAGGCUAUUAGAAUUGUCUUCCCAAAUUCUCGGCAUCGAUUAUGUACUUGGCAUAUCAAAGAGAAUUCAAAGAAAAAUAUCAAAGGACUGAGGGCAAAAAAAGGGUUUAAUGAAUUGUUUGACAUAGUCCUAAAAUACACAGAUACUAUUCAGGAGUUUGAGCACUAUUGGUCUAGAAAUAGUGAUGUUCAUUAUAUUUUCACAAUUGAUCCUGAUUAUGUUCUUUUAGUAAGAAUUAUGUUCAUUAAUGUUUUUCCAAAUUUCAGCAUGCUUACAAAAUAUGAUUGCAAGAAUAAUAGUUGGAUCAACAACUUGUAUAACAUCAGAGACAUGUGGUGCCCUGCAUACUGUAAGGACUAUUUUAGUGGUGGUAUUUUAUCUUCUCAGAGAAGUGAAACUACAAACAGGUCUGUUUCCCGUAGACUUCAUAUCACUCAUGGGCUUUGUGAGUUUUACAAUUCUUUCAUUGAGGUUGUUGAUGAAUGGAGGAGUAAAGAAAGCAGAAAUGAUUAUGACAGCAUAACUGGCAAUCGUCAUUUAGUGUGGGCAGAUAUUGGUUUGUUAGAGCAUGCUCGAAACAUUUACACAAUUCAAGUGUAUAUACUAUUUGAGGAUAAUUUUGUGAGUGGUGUUCCUUGCACAGCAAAGAUAAUAGGAAUUCAACAUCCUCUUUAUGAGUAUCAUGUUGGGCAUACAAAGAGGGAUUUGAUCAUGCACACUGUUUCUUUUGAUGAAUCAUUGGUUUCAGUUGAUUGUGCAUGCAAAUAUUUUAGUGAGGUUGGACUACUAUGA